AUGCCUGCUCGAACUUAUCCCUCAAACAACUCUGCGUCUCUCUGGCACCUUGUCGCAUCUGCAGAACGCGUCAGCCAAGACUCCUCUACAGCCCUGUCUGCUGCCAAAGGCCCUUCCGAUGAGGAACGUACUGAUUCAAUGAAUGCCCUAAUAGACUCGGUAGCCGUGCACAACAGGCUCCUCGCCGCUGCGAGGGAAACUGUCCCCAAUCCACCCGCUGCUGAUGUGGAGAGCUUUGAAUACAAUAUACACGUUGCGUCGACUUAUUCUGGUGUCAGCUAUCUUCGGGGGUUCGCGGAUGGUAUUUACAACUGGGAUAUAGCAUCCGCUGAAGUAUCCAGAUGGCUGGCUUGUGUCUGGCGGUGCCUCGUCCAUGAAAGCCCAGACAUCAAGCUUGUUUAUGACUGCCUUUCGUUGUUCACGUACGCUCUACGUUCGCUAGAAAAGCCGGGCACCUUGUCGCGACACAAAUUUUCCGACUUGUCGUGCUAUCUCAGAGUGGAAACGGCUGUUUGCGAUAUUUAUGACGUUGAUGAGCACCUUGAGUCCCAUAUCGUCUGGAUAUGGAGGGAUCUCAUCGUCUCUUCAGUUGCUCACGAUGGCGCUCUGGGCGCUACGGUUCUGAUAAAUAAUCGUAUUAGUGAGUAUGGUUACGGGAAACUCGUUGCAGACCGUAUUCGUAAUCCUGGGCAAGAUCUCGACGAACUUUGGGAUGGGCAUUGGUCACAAGCCAUGAUAGACGCCGGCCAGGAGCUGAAACCGUAG